AUAUUCUUAAAAGUUCCCUCAUCCACAGGCGAAAUAAUGUUACAUCAGAUCUAACGAAUUCUCAAUAGUCCGUAACUCACGGUUAUAGCCUCCAAUCUAACGUCGGAAAAAACGUCGGUACAUCGCAGGAUCGACAACAUUGUGUAGCCAAACCUCGACAAAAGGGCAGGUAGGAAGAUGCGAAUCCUUGAUGGCUAGCUGCAUUCAAUGCGCUUCUCGUAUUCGUCAGAUGGGCGAUGUUAAGGAAUCCCCCCAUGACCAUAGGAAAUUGUAUGCAGGGGGCCCGACAAUCACGCGCCCACCCUCGCCUUGGAUACAGGUUGGCCUUAAAUCAAGACGCGGAGGAUUCCCCAUAACUUUCAGCAUGUGGGGUAGUAGCAUACACAUUUUCUCAUGGACAGUACUGUUACUACGAAGAAGGACUUUGUUGAAUCGUAUCUUGCUGCCCAUGGGCUCUUUUCAAUUGAAGCUUUCCGUAUUAGCGGAAGGAGCGCUGUAGUUGAACAAGCUGUACUUCUGCGUGACAGUGGUUCGACAUCAUCUCUAUU